AAAAAUAACUGUUGAGUUAGGAACCUCUGAGUCUCAGCCCAGAACGCGAAAGGGAAAUUUCUGAACUGUGGCCGGGCGUUGGGAGACCUGGGCGCGGAGUGAGCGCGCUGCGCGGAGAACACUGGGCUGGGAGCUAGCAGCCGUCUCCAAACCCAGAGACGGGGGAGCAGGAGCAGAUUCGGAACCAGGCACUGUCAGCCCCUUUCCUUCGGAGGAGAAGCCGGGAACCCCCUCCUCAUCUUGCUUCAUGACAACUACGCUGAGUCAACUUUCGCCCACGUCUCCUGAUUGGGUGAGACGGGCCACCUGCCCAGGAUCGGACCUCGGCCCCGCGUUCUGUCCUGGCACCGCCCGUUCUCCCCUCGGAAGCUGAUUGGCUCUGGGAUAUGGCCAGGAGCCUCCCCUCCCUCCUGCACUUAAAGGAGUCAGCUCUCUGAGCCGUGGUUUGGUUUUGUUUUUCCUCUUCCGAGGGAUGGCGCUUUCCAUCUUCAUCCUGCAGCUGGCCGUCCGCAUCCUGGCAUGCCCCUUGUACCUGCUGAACUUCCUGGGCCUGUGGAACGGGAUAUGCAAAAAGUGCUUCCCCUUCUUCUUGGCGAGGUUCACCGCAACGUACAACAAGCAGAUGGCGAGCCAGAAGCGGGAGCUCUUCAGCAGCCUGCAGGAGCACGGGAGCCCCUCGGGGGAGCUCUCCCUGCUGGAGCUGGGCUGUGGCACCGGGGCCAACUUCAAGUUCUAUCCGCCCGGAUGCAGGGUGACCUGUGUAGACCCCAACCCCAACUUUGAGAAGUUCUUGAUCAAGAGCAUCGCUGAGAACCGACACGUGCAGUUUGAGCGCUUCGUGGUGGCCGCCGGGGAGAACAUGCACCCGGUGGCCGAUGGCUCCAUGGACGUGGUGGUCUGUACCCUGGUCCUGUGCUCCGUGGAGAACCAGGAGCGCAUCCUCCAGGAGGUGCGCAGAGUGCUGAGGCCGGGAGGGGCUUUUUAUUUCCUGGAGCAUGUAGCAGCUGAGCACUCAACCUGGAAUUACUUCUGGCAGCAGGUCCUGGAUCCUGUCUGGUACCUGCUGUUUGAUGGGUGCAACCUGACCAGAGAGAGCUGGAAGGCGGUGGAGCGGGCAGGCUUCUCCAAGCUACAGCUGCAGCACAUACACGCCCCGCUGUCUAUGGCGCUGGUGCGCCCUCACAUCUAUGGAUAUGCUGUGAAAUAGCGCCAGUGGGGAGCAGAGAGCUGAAUGAAUGGCUCAGAUAACCUAAGGCUUCGUUUUACACUUAAAUCCUAAUUGGGAAAAGAGAAACCCUUUUUUAGGUAAAGCUGAAUUUCAUCCUAAAAAGUUUACCUUAUACCCUACUUAGCCAUUUUCUAUUGUCUCCCAAAGAAUCAGUCCAUGUUAGGUUGCACCGCUGUUUUCUAGUUUUGUUUAGGCUGCACUUGGAUUGAGUUUACUUCUACGUUGUUUUCUUGUAUAACACCAUCAUUUGUAAAUAUGUAUUUCUAUGAGCACUUUUUUAAAGUGCUGUUUGUUCUCCCAUCAUUGUAUUCCCAAUGCCUGGUAUAUAAUAAGUGCUUAAGAGAUAUUUGUUGAAUAAAUUAGCUAAACAAAACAAAACAAAUACAAAAUAGCUUUGCACUCUCCUUUAAAAGGAAACAAUGAGCCCAGCCAAGGAGACUCCGUGAUUGAGUGUUGACCUAUGAACCAGGAGGUCACGGUUAGAUUCCGGUUAGGGCAUAUGCCCAGGUU